GUAGAUAAUGCAAACUCGAAUUUGUAUUCCGCCAUUAUCUGUGUUGUCGUUUUCCGAGUGAACGUUAAUCGCUGAACUGAACAGCAGUUAUCAAAAAUUCAAAGAGCACGCACAAUUCGCUCGUGCACUCAUCGUCGUCGGCCAUCGCGUUAUGUCUACCUGAUGCGUUGAAAUUUUCAAGCUGUACGCGUACGUCGUUUCUUUUUUUUUUUUCCAUGCCGCGAACGCACCGCGGGAAAGAGGUCUGCUACCACAACACUGCUGCUCCUGUGCUCGCCGCGAAACCGAUUGUCGAAGAAAGUUCCCCGUUUGGGUUCUCGGUACCACGUGACGAUUCGUUUUGCUCUUCGGACGUGCCCCGUUGCUUUACGCCACCCUAAACGGUAACCGACUCUGCGCGCUUCUCGCGAGUGAAAUGUGACGGUCUCGACGAUUCGUACCAACCGACCGACGACCCCCGCCGCAAUGGACAGUGAUCCGGAAAUACCUUUUAGAAGUCUCCUGGAACACAAAUAUCCAGAAGUCUACGAGUACAUUAAGAACGCUGUUCGUAUGCUUCAUCGGCAACAAAGUUUGCUGGCGAAAAUCACCAACAGCAGUUUGACCGACAGUAAGAAAUCGAACGCCAGAAGUGACAGAAAAAUAGAGAAUGUCAAAAGUGAACAAAACAUUAUUAAAGAUGAUAUAGAUGUCAAAAACAGUUCCAAUGAAAAUUCUGCUGAUGCUCUAGAUAAUGUUGAACAUUUGGCCAAUAAUAAUAAAAAAUGUAAAAAACAAGAUGAUGAAAGUUUCAAAAUUACAAAAACUGAAAUUAAAGAAGAAGGAGAGUGUAGUGAAGAUGAAGAAAAAAACAAAGAUUUAAAUCAAAUUGAUCAAUAUUGCUUAGGAAAAAGCCGAUUUAUAUUAGAAGAAACAACUGGAAUGUACUAUGACCAAGUUACCGGUUACUAUUAUAAUUUAGAUAAUGGAUUAUUUUAUGAUGGUAAUCAAGGGUGCUAUUAUUACUUUGAUGUAAUUGCACAAAAAUAUAGAUUGCAUUCCCAAGUUCAUACAGAUAUACAUCAGUUAUCUUCCAAUGUACCUAAAGCAGAUAAACAGCACAAAAACCAAGAUAUGCCUGAAAGUAUUAGUGAGGAUAGUGAUUCUGACAAUUCUGAAGACAGUGGAAAUUUAGUUAUAAAAGAGGAUACCGAAGAAGAUAAUGAAAAAAAUGAUAAAGAAAUUAAAGAAAUUGUUUUGAAUACUGUUGAAAAAAUGCCUGAAAAAUUUUCGAAAGAGAAGGAUGAAAUAAAACAAGAAUCAAGUGUGGAAAAUAGUGAUACAAAAGAUAUUUCAGAAGAAGUGAAGUCCGAACAUUGUCCUCCUCCGCCUACUACUUGUGAAAUAUUAGACAAGCGUUAUUUGAAUUUAUUGCAAUAUACAAAGUUAUUGCCAGCACCUAAGAAUAUAGUACACAAAUUAACACCUGAUGGGAGUAAAGCAAAACAAUAUGCACAAAUAAGAAACUGGUACACACUCAAGCAUCAACUUACUGGAAUCGAAUCUGAAAUUGUUCAGUAUGAUAAUCUUAUAUGGGAUCGAAUUGAACAAUACCUAUGUCUAAACAAAAGAGAUGAUAAAAAUUCCAAUUGGAAAUCGUAUAAAGAAGUCAAAGCUCAUCUUUCUGACACUCAAACUAAAUUAAUUAAAUCAAAAGUUGUUGGUUGGCCUCCAUGUAUACGUAUUAUAAUAACUGAAUCUAAAGCAUGUAAUUCAUUAAUUGGUAAGCUAUUUUUAAUCACAUGUCCUGGUGGAUCAAUUGGUCGUUCUACAAACAGAGAUGUAGUAAUACCUGAUGAUAAUGUUAGCAAGUUUCAUGCUGAAAUAUCAUUUGUUGGUAAUGUAAACAAAGUAGGCCGAGGUCAUUAUAUUAUUAAAGAUAAAGGUAGUACAAAUGGUACAUUUUUGGAUGGCAAAAAGCUUCCAAAGCACUCAUCAUCCAGCGAACGUUGUCAAUUGAUUCAUGGCAGUGAAAUUACUGUAGGUGAUACCAAGUUUUUGUGUCAUAUUCAUGAUGGCAUGGAAACAUGCAAUUUAUGUGAACCUGGGAUACAAGCUCCUCCAGUAGAAGAAAGCAAUAAGAAUAUUGUACCUCAAAAAAGAAAAUUUGAUGAUGAACUAAAAAGUUUGAAAGAAAAAUAUGGUUUACUUGGUUGUGAGCCACCAGAUGCUGUUUUGCCAAAAGGAUAUAAAGAUAGAGCUGAUAAAAGAAGAAAAACAGUUGGGUCUCAGAAUUCAAAUGAGAAAACUGAAGUAGCUUGUGUAACACAACCAAUUCCAACAAAAAACAAAGGUUUCAAACUAUUAGAAAAUAUGGGCUGGACUCCUGGAAAAUCUCUGGGAUCUAGCAAUUCUGGAAUUAAAGAACCUAUUCCAAUGGACGUUAGGGAUGAAAAAAGAGGACUUGGAUUUUCAACUAAUUUUAGUCAACCUGAACUACCUAAAGUAAAUAUUUUAAUGAAGCCAUCUAAAAUACGUUUUAACUUCGGUAAUAAGACCAAUAUGCCAAUAAAAACAAAUCGUAUUAAUUUUGCUGAAGAUGAAACAUCAGAAGAAGAAAAAUAAUAAUUGUAUUAAAC